GCCAGGAGCCCAACCGGUCCAGGCCACAGGGCAGGGAGGCGGGCAGGUGGUCGCGAGUUAUGGCGACCCGACGACGACCGCAGCAGUCAGAGCGUCGGCCCCUCUGACCAGUCUGAGACCUCUGACUCGUCUGAGACCACACAGACUUCAAUUUCCUUCAAUUUCCUCGACGUCCUCGGCCAUCGGUGGUUGGGCCUCGUGUUUACAAGCUAACUCGGGUCGAAACUAUGUCUGAGACGGCUCUGAUGCCAUCGACGUGCCGAUCUAUAAUUCUCUACGUGUUAGUCGUAUUCUGACGAGUCGACGAUGACGGCUCCAUCUGUGCAGCGCGAGGUUUCGUCUCUGACUUGCAGGAGGCAUGGAAGACCUCACUGUGCUGAACUGAACAGCAUUAUCGUAAUGACGUCGUAGGACGAGUUGCUUAAGUGGACUGUGGCAGUGGUGUGGGGAGUUGCACUCACUUCACUCACUUGUUGGGUGUUCUGCGGCUGCUGCUGCUGCUGCUACAAGAAGGAACUGGGUGUGCUCGUACAGUCAGUCCGAAGAGUCGCGCAUGUGAGUAGAAUGAUCGAUCGUUUCGGAUUUUAAGGAUCCAAUGAUCUUGGCGAAGAUCGAUGAACGAGAAGAGUAGAAAAGGGAGACGAAUCCGAACAGAAGAAAGAAGCCUUGCUCCGUCGCGACCUGUGCGACCUUUCGUUCCCUCGGACUGUCAGACACUCGUUCAGUCACACAAAGAUGAUCAAUUUCCGGCUAAAACCUCUCGUGUUCGUGUCCCACUCUUUCUCUCCUCUUCGGCUCCAUCCCUAAGCUCACGACGAUCGACUCCGACGCGUUUCGCUGAUCCAUUCGCUGUGGCAGUGAGUGGAUCGAGAGAUAGUUCGUGAAGGGGAAGAAUUCGAUCGCACCCGACGAUGGAGGACACGCGAGGGGAUGGAAGGAAGAGAAGGCGCGCAUGCAGCGAGGACGAGGAGGUGCCGGAUUGCCAAGUGUGGGCGAACUUGCCGGACUCGGUGUUGACGGCGGUGUUUCGGUUUCUGCCCUGGAAGGAUGUGCUGCGCUUGCGAGCUCUGAGCAGGGAGUGGGAUGAGUUUCUGCGCAGUGCGAGUUUCAAAAGCUCGUGGCGCAAGGAUCAGGAUCAGCAGCCCUUAUGCUUGGCGAGCUCCACCCGAGCCAAUUCCUUCUACAAUCCCGUCACGGGCAAGUGGCAUGUGUCGGGGGUCGACCUUCCGCCGAGUCUCUCGGCAGCGGCGAGCGACAUUGCUCGGGACGUGUCCAAGACCUCGCGCGGCCGACGCUUCCCGGUGGUCAGUGCCUCGAAGGGAUUGACUCUGAUUCAGAUGUACACGGAUGACACCUGGCCCGACGAAGGCUCCGCGACGGACUUCAUGUUCUCAGUGCGCGAUGUUCGAGAGGAUUUCUUGGAUUGGUGUUCGGAAGAAGCGCGCGUCGAGGAGAAGGCAAUGGCGCCGGAGCCAUUGCUGGAGCACCGAGAAAUGCUGCUGCUGGUGAAUCCUCUGGAGCCGCUGAGGAACGAGUACAUCAAGGCGGUGCCAUAUCUGCAGGACAAUUACUGCCAGCAUGAAAUCAUUUGGGAUCCGAAGCUGCGAUCGUACGAGCUGCUGGCCAGAUCGGCAGACAUAAGUCGAUACCGCGAAGACGGGAAUUGCGUCUGGUCCAUAAUCUUCCAUCGCUACGAUUUUCGGGCCGACAAAUGGAGAAAGAUCGUCAGCUGGUCGACGCACAGGUUCAUCAGCCUGGAAAGCUCCUUGCUCGUGGGCGGCCAUCUCGUGUGCUUGGGCCGCCCCGCCACCUUGACCACGGUGAACGACCAACCGUACCGCAUUUACGGCACGCAGCUGUCGAGCGGCGUUUCCAUCGAAGAAAUGGAACCCACCGCGCCCGAGCUGCCGGCGGCGCUCACCUUCGCCAUCCUCUUCUACCACGACGAGUCGUUCAUGGCGGCCGGGGGCGAAGUCGACCCACGCGCUUUGACCCUGCGCCAAUUCAAAGUCUGGCGACGACACGAGCUUUUCUCGAGCUCGAGCCGGCGCGAGGGCGAUGGUGGUGGCGACUGGGCCGAGGUGGUGGCGAUGCCGCCGGCGCUCGUCGCCGCGCUGAACGCGAGCGCCGACGCCGGCGGCGGGCACUACACCUGCCGAGCCAACGGGCGAUUCCUGUGCGUGGCCAAUCGCUGCACCGACGUCGUCAUGUGCGAUGUGCAGACGCGCUCGUGGUGGCAGCUUCCGGCGCAUCCCUGCGGCCCGGACGCCGCCUCGGACGGCCUCGCCCUCUGCGACCCCCGCUUUGACGUGGGCUUCCCUGUCUGACGUGGCUUCCUCUUAACUGCCUCUCGACCGCAGUCGACUGCAGUCAUCGACGACGUUCUUGUAUAUAGAGAGACAGUCAACAUUCGUAGUGGCCCUCUUCCGCCAUGUCCUGUUCUUAUGAUCUGCGCCGAAAUCCAGAGUUCUGAUUUACACUGAGCUUCUUGAUCCAUCGAGUUUGGAGUCCAAUCGACAACGUUUCGUUUGAGUGACACUACUGAUUUGGUUGUUGCUCCUUAAUCCAACUAAGCAUGAUAGGUGCUAGUCUUUUAUUGAUUAUUUUUUUAUUUUGUUUCUUCAAAUCGAUCUCGUCAGCUUAGAUUAUUUGGUUUCGUGAAUCUCUACGUUUGUCCCAAGUUUUCAUGUCUCUCGAGGAGAUCAUGGAAACAUUCUAGUGUUAUCAUCGACAUCAUAAUGGGG